AUGACAUCAGCUCAACCAGUUCCAGACGAUCUGGUUGCAAAGCUGCUGGGUAACCAAGCAAACUUUAGUCCUGUAGUCACUGUAGAGCCACGGCGGCGCAAGUUUCACCGACCCAUUGGCCUGCGCAUACCUCUGCCCCCAUCCUGGAGGGAUAGUCCUCGAGACUCAGGGGAGGGCGAUACAACAAGUCUGCGUCUGCUCUGCUCUGUCAUAGGUACUGCAAACUUCAGUCAGGAUGUGUGCAUGGAGGGUGGGACGGCCUCAGCCCAAUGGGAAGACAUCACAGGCACUACCAAGCUCGUUUAUGCCAAUGAGUGCGCCAACUUCACCACCAACGUUUCUGCACGAUUCUGGCUGGCUGACUGUCCUCGGACAGCUGAGGCUGUCUCCUUCGCCAGCCUGCUCUACAAAGAGCUGUCGGCAGUCCCCUACAUGGCCAAGUUUGUAGUGUUUGCAAAGAUGAACGAGCUGCGCGAGGGCCGUCUGCGCUGCUACUGCAUGACGGAUGAUAAGAUGGAUAAAACUCUGGAACAACACGAGAACUUCACAGAGGUGGCUCGUAGCCGAGACAUAGAGGUGAUGGAGGGAAUGCCACUUCACCUGGAGUGUUCAGGGAAUCUGGUGCCAGUGAGGAAGGCCACUCAGCAGCCGCGAUGCUUUAGUUUCCAGGCUUUCAGGGAUAACAGACUUCCUGUCUCUGUUAAGGUGUUAGCAUGAUUGUUUAAUAACUGUUGUUGUCCACUCUUACAUCAGCCAAAGUUC